AUGCCACCUAUCCGAGGUAGACUCGGCGAGCGUCCGCGGGUGAUCUUGUACCACCAAACGCUCAUCCCCGGCGGGGGGCAGUAUGUCUCCAUGCUCCCGCUCCUCGAAAACAACACCGGGAUAACGCAUAUUAUUCUCGCUGCUAUUCACCUGAACAGUGAACCAGGAGACAUCACUCUCAACGAUGACCCACCAGACAACCCCAAAUUUGACCCCCUGUGGGCCGAAGUACCCCUCGUGCAACGGCAAGGCGUGAAAGUGAUGGGCAUGCUAGGCGGGGCCGCCCCGGGCUCCUUCACGCGGCUUGACGGCAGCCGGGCGGAAUUCGAACAGUUUUAUUAUCCUCUUCUGACCAUGAUUCGUCGCCAUGGACUUGAUGGAAUCGAUCUCGACGUAGAAGAGACCAUGUCUUUGCAAGGUGUCAUUCGACUCAUCGAUCGACUCAAGGCUGACCUGGGCGACGCAUUUAUCAUUACCCUGGCUCCUGUGGCAGCUGCAUUACUUGGUAUUGGGAACCUAUCAGGAUUUGAUUACCGUGAACUCGAGCAGGCUCGGGCUUCCAAGAUCAGCUGGUACAAUGCCCAGUUCUACAAUGGCUGGGGCCCUGCCGAGGAUCCACGGAUGUAUUCUACUAUGGUUGCCCAGGGGUGGUCUCCCCGACGGAUUGUGUACGGCCUGUUGACAAACCCGGGUAAUGGAUCGCAGGGUUAUGUUUCUCAGGAGAAGAUUGGACCUGUUCUGGCAAUGUUGAUUGAGCAGUUCCCCAACUUUGGUGGCGUUAUGGGUUGGGAGUAUUACAAUGCUCUACCUGGAGACACAGCAAACCCAUGGCAGUGGGCUGCUCAGAUGACAUUGAGCAUGGGUAUGAAAGAGGUUGUCGCGGCAGCUCGUCAGUUAAUCUCAGCAGGGCCGAUGGCGAGCAGUCUCAAUAAUUUGUUUCAGGAUAUGCUGAAUCAGGGACAUCAAUGA